GGGGGGGGGCUCGGGCUCCGCCACACAGCAGACGCGGGGCCGGGAUGAGCUGCGCGUCGCUUCCGAGUUUCGUGCGACUCAACGGGCCGAGAAGCGCACGCGACUGACCGCGUCCUGACCCACGUCGCGCGGCGGACGGAUGAAAGUCGGGAGAAAGUGAACGUGGAGCUUUUUGGAGGCACUUUUCCGCCGGUCGUCCCUUUGUGCUGCGGGUUCCAAGCUCUCUCUCUCUCUCUCCCCCCCCCCAUCCCUUGGUUAGAAAGGCCUCCAAGAUAGAUUCCCUCAGGAGUAAGGUGGACUUGCUGCGCCUCCCUCUGGCCCUCUCCACCAAGUCCAUCAGCAGCCGCAAGAGCCAGCUGGGCGUAGUCUGGGAGAAGGGAGGAGGCGGCUCGGGGGUAGGAGGGGCCAGGAAACCCCGCCCACCGCCGGCCUCCGACAUGGACAACGAGUCGACGUACUCGGGCUACUCCUACAAGUCGUCCCAGUCGCGCACGUCCCGCAAACACAGGGAGCGCCGGGAGCGCCACCGCGCCAAGAGCCGCGACGGCAGCAGCCGGGGGGACAAGUCGGUGACCAUCCAGGCGCCCGGGGAGCCGCUGCUGGACGCCGAGUCCACCAGAGGAGACGACCGGGAUGACAACUGGGGCGAGACCACCACGGUGGUCACCGGCACCUCGGUGGACAGCGCCUCCAACGAGGACCUGACGCGGAUGUCGAAGGACCUGGAGGAUUCCUCGCCGCCGGACUGCCGGCGCUUCCUCGGCCCGGCGCUGGGCGCCGUCCUGGGCCUCUUCGCCCUGGUCACCCCGCUGGCGUUCCUGGCGCUGCCGCAGCUCCUGUGGCGCGACACGCUGCAGCCGUGCGGCACGCCGUGCGAGGGCCUCUACAUCUCCCUGGCCUUCAAGCUCCUGAUCCUGCUCAUCUCCACCUGGGCGCUGUUCCUGCGCUCGCCGCGGGCCACCCUGCCGCGCUUCUUCGUCUUCCGCUCCCUGCUGCUGGCCCUGGUCUUCCUCUUCGUGGCGUCCUAUUGGCUCUUCUACGGCGUGCGGGUGCUGGAGCCCCGGGAGACGGACUACAGGGGCAUCGUGGGGUACGCGGCGUCGCUGGUGGACGCGCUGCUCUUCAUCCAGUACCUGGCGCUGGUGCUGCUGGAGGUGCGGCACCUGCAGCCGGCGUUCUGCCUGAAGGUCGUGAGGACCACGGACGGCGUCAGCCGCUUCUACAACGUGGGACACCUGAGCAUUCAGCGGGCAGCCGUUUGGGUCCUGGACCAGUACUACAGUGACUUCCCGGUCUACAACCCCGCUCUGCUCAACCUGCCCAAGUCCAUCCUGUCCAAGAAGAUGUCUGCCUUCAAGGUCUACAACCUGGGGGAAGAGACCAGCGCCAACAACUCCACGGGCCAGUCCAGGACCAUGAUCGCGGCCGCCGCCCGCAGGCGGGACAACUCGCACACCGAGUACUACUACGAGGAGGCCGAGGUGGAGCGCAGGGUCCGCAAGCGCAAGGCCAGACUGGUGGUGGCCGUGGAAGAGGCCUUCACCCACAUCAAGCGGCACCAGGACGACGAGGCGGCGGCGUCCUCCCCCAAACACCCGCGCGAGGUGAUGGACCCGCGGGAGGCGGCGCAGGCCAUCUUCGCCCCCAUGGCGAGGGCCAUGCAGAAGUACCUCCGCGCCACCAGGCAGCAGUCCUACCACAGCAUGGAGAGCAUCAUCAACCACCUGCAGUUCUGCGUCACGCACAACAUGACCCCCAAGGCCUUCCUGGAGCGCUACCUCGGCCCCGGCCCCACCCUGCAGUACCUGGAGGCCGGCAGGGGGCGCCAGUGGACGCUGGUGAGCGAGGAGCCGGUGACCGCCGCGCUGCGCCGGGGCCAAGUCUUCGCCCUGCGCCGCCUCGACUUCUCCCUCGUUGUCACGGCGACGCCGCUCCCCUUCCUGCGCCUGGGCGAGGAGUUCAUCGACCCCAAGAGGCACAAGUUCGUCAUGAAGCUCCAGUCGGAGACGUCCGUGUAGCAGGACGCUGCCUCCCACCUCCACCUGUUUUUUUUCGAUACCUUUUGUUGUUGUUUUUAUUUUAAUUUUUAAAGAUGUUUUGUAUUUGUUGAUAAGCGCCGCCCCGAAUGACCGGGCUUAAAAAGUGGAGGAAAAAGAGGAAAAGAAAAGGCCGCUGACGUCUCAGUCUUUGUUCCUCAAAACCUAAAAUUAGACCUCGACCUCGGGUGACCUUUUCGCUGCUUUCAGGUUCCCGGGUGCUUGGUGUUAGUUCUGCUUGUUCAAUGGGGACAUUCAUUAUAAGAGGAGCACAAACCCACGUGGGAAGUGGACCGUCUGCUUCACUCUCGGCUCUCGCAAUGAUUCCGGGUCUCCUGGUUUUCUUUCCACCUCGUGGACACUGACCGGAUCCCCCCCGACUGAAUCCGCUGCCCUCGGGCCAUGAUUUUCUCCAUUUUUUUUAGAUUCCACUGAAAGUACGAAGUAAGAACCACUGGAUGGACUUGAGCGAGUGGAAAGUGUCUCUCUCGCAUUCCGGCUCCCGUUGCACUGAGAAAGAAAAGAACUUUCAAAAGCACGACGUGGGACCAGUUUGUGUCCAGUAACACAGACGCUCCACCCCGAGUAUCGCCUUUUAGGAAGCUUAAUGUUUUUGGUAUUUUAUAACGUACGUGUGUGUGUGUGUGUGUGUGUGUGUGUGUGCGUGUGUGUGUGUGUGUGACCCGGUUCGAUAGGACCAAACAGCGGUGCUUGUGGGCCUUGUGGCUCCGUCCCGUGUGAAACUCUAAUCUUAAUACUUUAAUAAAAAGUAUUUUGACUCGGCACUGCACUCCAAUAACCAGGAAGAGUAAUAACAUCGCUUUUUAUUUUUUAUUUUUUUUACCACAGAGUCCUUUUUAUUUCAAUUAAUACCAACGGUUCAGUUAAGCUGAACCGUUGUUUAGAAAGUGCAGGACCAGUCAAACUUUAACAACACAACAUAGUGUUGUGAUUAAUAAGACUAAUUAUGUCCCUCCUUGAGUACUAUUUUGUAUACUUUUGAUAUGAGGGGUCAACAGCAGGUUGAUUUCAUCCCGCGGGCCCUUUUUGUACUACAGACGUGCUUGGUGUGGUUUUGUGAGGUUGUGCGUUUUCAUAUGUUGUUUUUUGGAUGGAUCGGCGCGCCGUGCUCGAUGUGAGCUCCCAACACAAAGCGAGAUGGUUAUUUACUGUGGCGCCGUGUUUUUCUUCUUUUUAGGGGCGAGUCGAUGGCGACGGUUUUUAAUAAAUAGUCUCACACAA